CUUUAAAUCAAACACCGGAAGUGCCGCAGCUUACUCGCACUGACUUGAUGGCCGUUGAGGUUUUUUUGAGCGAGUCGCCUCCUCAGCACCAGCCUGCGCGAGAGGAGAGCAGCCUGUGAAGAACUAGCUCGUGUUGAGAGGAGUUACAGCCCAUAGAGAUACAAAAAAAUGAUUUAAAGAAAUAGAGAAAUGGGACUUAUUUACACCGUUGGACACCUGUAUUUUCGCUGGAUGGACGUGAGGAAUCGCGUGCGAGGUGGCGCGCCGGGGCUUCAUUUCUAGGGGUUUGCUUGUCUAAACUUUGUGGAAAUAUGUAAGUUAACUGGGGACAAAUGAGACUGAAACAUGGAGCAGGCGGCUACUCUCGACAUAGAGACGCUUAAGAUUACCCAGGAGCAGUUCAUCCUCGCGUCCCAAUCCCUGCAUCUCCAGCGACCGGGCGGCAACGCCGUGGACCCGGUGGGGCUGCGCGGCUGGAGAAAGCGGUGCCUCUAUUUCUUUCUGCUGCUGCUCUUGGUCACCAUGAUCGUAAACAUGGCCCUCACCGUCUGGAUCAUAAAGGUCAUGAACUUCUCUGUGGACGGAAUGGGAAACCUGGAGUUGAAGCAGGAUGGGAUUCGCCUCAAGGGAAUCUCUGAGUUUCUUCUGCCCCUCUAUGUGAACGAGAUCCAGUCCAGAAGGGAUAGCCUGUUGGUCUUGAGGUCGGAGAAGAACGUAACGCUGAACGCCAGAAACGACCGGGGCCAGCUGACCGCUCAGCUCUCAGUGGGGCCCGAGGCCGUGGAGGCCCAGUGCCAGAGGCUAGAGGUCCGGAGUAAAGACGGAGGCCGGCUGCUGUUCACCGCUGACGAGGAGGAGGUCACCAUGACGACCAAAAAGUUCACUGUCACAGGAUUAGAAGGCGCUGUGUUUGGACAUUCAGUUGAAACUCCCCUGAUCCAGGCGAGAGCUACUGAAGACCUGAAGCUGGAGUCUCCGACGCGGACCUUGACCAUGGAGGCUCCCAGAGGGGUGGAAGUGAGGGCUGCCAAGGGCCCGCUGAAGGUCAGCGGGCGAAAGGAUCUCCAGCUGGAGUCCACGGAGGGAGAGAUACUUUUAGACGCCAGAAGCAUUCAGCUGGCCGGUCUCCCGCUCGGUGUCUACACGGAGCAGCCCGACCGGGCCUCCCGGCGGCCGCCCGUGUACGAGGUGUGCGUCUGUCCCAGCGGCAAGAUCUACCUGUCACCCGCAGAGAGCAGCUCCACCUGCCAGGCCAUGAGCAACAUCUGCCUGUGGAGCUGACCUGGGAGCAGUGCUGUGGAGGGGACCAAAUCCGACGUCUGCCCCGGAGCCGCCGAGGUCGUCCAGUGGAGAUGCAGCUUGGACUCCUGACAUGAGGUCAGAUCUGCGUCCAAUUCGGUCCUUUGGACGUCAGGACGAUUGACGGCAGUCAGAGCGGUUCUCUGAAAUCAGGAAUAUCAAGACCAGGAACAUCUCCCGAUGCCUUAUGUCGGAAGGACACACCCUUUAUUUUUCUACUUCAUUGUAGGUGCUUUCAGCUUUGAAGGAACUAUUGUUAUAAAUUGAACCCGUUUGUGUUAUCUGAGAUAGUUUUUUUUAAUGCUUGAGAAAGAAAGCACAAUUCGUUUCUUCCCAAACAAUCAACAUUUUAUGAUUUUUUUUUCUUAAUAAGUUAAAUGGUGUUUUAGUUUUGCUCUCGUUUGCGGCUUAUCUUUUUGAAAUGAAACCUGUUAAGUGGCACAUAUUGUAUUAAUUAGUUAAACAGACACAUGUGCUGUUUUGAAAGGUUCAAAGAACCUUCUGACAAAUUUACAAUGAGAGAAAAUAAGGCGACAACUGAAGCUGAAUAUCUGAAGCUGAAGAAGCUGAAUAUCUACAGAUCCUCAUCAGCAGAUGAAGUUUGCCCUGUUGAAUUCUGGGUGUUAAAAACAGACCAUUUUGACAGAAAAAGCUACUCACUAGACCUAAUGGUGGGUGGUGUUUUUUUAAUGCAUGACAAAUACGAAGUAGCAUUCAAUAAAAGCGGUUUUCAACUUGCCAACA